UUUUUCCACCGAACAAUUAAUGAAAAGCAACUAAGAAGGCAUUGUUGGCCUUUUGAAAGCCAAAAUCUAACUAACCAUGAACUGCUGAAUAAAAUCGAGUAAAGAUUCGCAUUCAACUUGAAUGCCGAUAUUCAAAAGUUGGCGAACGUACUGGGACAACAUGGAUUAUGAGCUUUUUCAAUGUACACAAAUAUAUAUUUAGAAUGGACUCUACACUAAAUGGCGGUGUUGGGAAUGAUGUCGAAACUUUACCAGCCUGGCUGAAAGUAGUAACUUUCGAGAAUGCAGCACGCGCCAGUGUAGGCGACAAUUUUGCGAGACUAGUCAACGCUCGCUUUGAAAGCGAUUCAAAAAGUAACGAUAACUAUUCCUCGUUAUUGCUGCGCCUCCAUUUGGAUAUCGAACUCAAAGAUGGUAGCACAAAAACGGCGACUUUCGUUCUCAAAGCGCCACACAGCAAUGAAUUGAUGUUGAAAAUAUUGAAUUUAUUGAAACUCUUUCCGAAAGAAGAAAUAACUUAUCACAAAAUUUUACCGAAAUUCGAAGAGCUAUAUGAACAAGUGGGAAAAGACGUUAAAUUUGCACCCAACGCAUAUCAAAUCGAUCGUGAUAUUGGUGUGGACUACAUUUUGCUAGAGGAUCUGCGUCCAAAAGGUUAUAAAAGUGCCAACCGAAUUAGGGGUUUGGAUCUGGAGCACACCAAGCAUGUGCUUCACAAAAUGGCCGAGUUGCAUGCCGCUUCCGCCUGUUAUGUGGAACACUUUGGCAUGUAUCCCGAGCAAUUCACUGUGGGCGUUUACUCGAAAAACAAUAAGGAGCUUCUGAAGGAGUUCAAUGCAUCCGAUACAUUUUUGGCUCAACUCAAAAAGUGGAAAGAUGGUCAGGCCUACUAUGAGAAAUUGGCCGACAGCGACAACUACUUGGUGGAUCGUUUGCUGCAAGACCAAGUUUACAACCCAAGCGAGUUCAACGUACUCAACCACGGCGAUUGCUGGGUGAACAACAUCCUCUUCAGGUACAACGCGUUCGGUGAAAUUAAGGACACUCGCUUCAUUGAUUUCCAAGUCGGCAAAUAUGGCUCGCCCGCUCAUGAUCUUUACUACUUCAUUUUAUCAUCAACUGCAGCAGAUAUAAAAAUUGCACAGUUCGAUUAUUUAGUGCGGUAUUACUUUGAUAACCUCGUUGAAAACUUAAAACUACUCCAGUAUCACCGUCCCCUGCCGAAGCUGCGGAAUCUUCACACGGCGUUGCUUAAAAACGGACUAGCAGCCUACUUAGUUGUGUCUAAAGUUUUGCCGGUUGUUAUGUUGGAGAAGAGUGGCAAUGAUUAUAAAGAGGAUCGCUUUCAAGAUGAGAGUAAAAUUAAACUGGCGAUGUACACUAAUCCAAAGUAUGUUGAGGUAAUGUCUGAAAUCCUUCCGUGGUUGGAUAAUCGCGGCUUGCUUGACUGGAAGUAAUUUGGAAAUGCUACUCGUAAUAUUAAAUAUAAAAUGCACUGUAUCUGAGGUUAACAUAAAUGUAAUAUCACGCGAUAGGUGAGAAAUUCUAAAGCGAUGACGAAACAAUAGCGAAUCUUUGAUUACACUCACUGAGAAACUUUGCGUUUUAAUAA